AUGAAGGAUAUGGGAAUGGAUGCAUACAGGUUCUCCAUAUCAUGGACAAGGAUUCUUCCAGAUGGGACUCUGAGAGGUGGAGUGAACAGAGAAGGCGUCGAGUAUUACAACAACUUGAUUAAUGAGCUAUUAUCCAGAGGGGUGCAGCCAUUUGUGACCCUUUUUCACUGGGAUUCACCUCAGGCAUUAGAAGAUAAAUACGGAGGGUUUCUUAACCCUAAUAUCAUAAACGACUAUAAGGAUUACGCUGAAGUCUGCUUCAGGGAGUUCGGGGACCGAGUGAAGCACUGGAUCACAUUCAAUGAGCCCUGGGCCGUGAGCGUUGCGGGCUAUGCAAUGGGUGUGCUUGCGCCAGGUAGGUGCUCACCCUGGGAGAUGGGGAAAUGCAGCGCUGGAGAUUCAGCAAGUGAGCCUUACACAGUAUCCCACCAUCAGCUACUCGCCCAUGCGGCGGCCGUCAAAUUAUACAGAGAGAAAUAUAAGGUCGUUCAGAAGGGGAAGAUUGGGAUAACUUUAGUCUCAGCCUGGUUUGUUCCCUUCUCCCGUUCAGACUCCGACAGUGAUGCAGCAAAGCGUGCUACAGACUUCAUGCUUGGAUGGUUUAUGGACCCCCUAACCAGAGGAGACUACCCACUGAGCAUGAGAAGACUUGUCAGAGAUCGCUUACCGCGGUUCACCAAACAACAAUCUAAAUUGGUCAAGGGUGCAUUCGACUUCAUUGGUAUCAACUACUACACUGCAAACUAUGCUGAUAACCUUCCACCAUCAAAUGGCCUGAAGAGCUACAAUACAGAUGCCCGAGCUAAUCUUACCGGAUUUCGAAAUGGCACCCCCAUAGGUCUUCAGACUGGUUUACCUUGGCUCUACGUCUACCCUCAAGGGUUACGUGAUCUGAUGCUUUAUGUCAAGGAGAAGUAUGGCAAUCCUACCAUCUACAUCACCGAAAAUGGCCUCGGUGAAACCACCACCAACACGAGCCUACCACUCGCGGAAGCACUGAAGGACGAUGCGAGGAUAGAGUACCACCACAUGCACCUUGUUGCCUUGUUGAGUGCGAUCAGGGAUGGGGCAAACGUGAAGGGGUACUUCGCGUGGUCGCUGCUGGACAACUUCGAGUGGGCGACUGGGUACACGGUGCGCUUCGGAUUACACUACGUAGACUACGACGAUGGGCGGAAGCGGUACCCCAAGCGCUCUGCCGGCUGGUUCAAGAGGUUCCUCAAGUGA